AGUACAGAGGGUUGCAGUAAAUACAGCGCUUCAAGAGGCGGGGUUUGACCUCGCAGCCCUGAAAACAUCACUAAUCCAGUAUUUCAGGUGCGGAAGCCGACCAUUGCUCAAUGCUCUCUACUGCCGCGCAUCAACAACAGAAACACCCACGACUCUAAAAACCGGAAUACACCAAGUGAAUGUGAGGGCUAGUGUGAAAAACUGGAAUUCUUUAAGAAGAAAGAGUCCGUAUCUAUGAUUACAGCUAAGUAUUUACACAUGCUAUUAUUUUGGUUUAAUUUAUAACGAGACAUCUGUAAGUAUUUUAACCACGCGCAACGACUGUUGGAAUUGGGACACUAGGCUACGUCAAUUUCAUCUGGUUUCACCGAAACUCCAGCCGUUCCCAGUUCAAGAAUUCACAAAAAAACAUUUGGAAGAUCUGCAGAUUUCCUACCUUGGGAUAUACCUACUGCUGGAGAUAAUGGCCAUUCUUUAAAAGGAUCAGACCCCAUUGACAUCAAAUGGCAAUCGCUGCCGGUUAGAUCUUCGCUAUGGAUGAACCUUGGAAAGGCCGAUCAAUUCCAUUUGACUGCUCUAUAAUGUCCUGGCAAUGUGGAGAGCCCCCAGAGGCACUGAAUCCCCAGUGCAGAAUGAUCCAGGCUGGAGAAUGCCUAACACCCCUACUUCAGGAGUCAAACAGCUACGCAUAAGAACAAUCGGACUAGCGAUCUGUGACAAAAGGAUUUUGUCUGGAUUCCAGACUUCCUAGCUAGUGACUUUCUGAAACAUUUCUCCCGGUUUCUGUGACAUUUAAGACCUUUCCAAGUUGUGGACAAGGUAAAAUCCCCUUCCUCUCGAGCUGCGUAGAGGUGGGAGUAGUCUCCCAUGUGUAGCAGGACAGUAGCUGCUGCUAGUGGAAUAACGUAGCCUCAGACUGUCUGGGGUUCCUCUUGACGGGGCGAGGGAUCCCACCGCUGCCACCAACGAGCCCCAGUCUGCCUCACCGAGUGACUCCACUCCCGUCAAAAGGCAGACCCUCUAUCCAAUGGCAUGGGUCAAGUUCUUCAGGAAGCCGGGAGGCAAUCUCGCCAAGUCCUACCAGCCGGGGAGCAUGCUGUCUCUAGCCCCCACCAAAGGCCUGCUGAACGAGCCAGGGCAGAACAGUUGCUUUCUCAACAGUGCGGUGCAGGUACUGUGGCAUCUGGACAUCUUCAGACGCAGUCUGAGGCAACUUCCUGGACAUUUCUGUCUCGGAGACUCAUGCAUCUUCUGUGCGUUGAAGGGCAUCUUCUCCCAGUUCCAGCACAGUCGGGAGCGCGCCCUGCCCUCAGACAACCUGCGUCACGCCCUGGCCGAGACUUUUAAGGAUGAGCACCGCUUUCAGCUGGGCUUCAUGGACGAUGCUGCUGAGUGCUUCGAGAAUAUUCUGGAGAGGAUCCACCUGCACAUUGUGCCUGAGGAGACAGAUGCCUGCACCUCCAAGUCCUGCAUCACACAUCAGAAGUUUGCCAUGACGCUCUACGAACAGUCUGUCUGCCGUAGCUGUGGGGCAUCCUCCGACCCCCUGCCCUUCACUGAGCUAGUGCAUUAUGUCUCCACCACUGCCCUCUGUCAACAGGUGUAUCAGAGGCGGGACCAGUCAUUUGGAGAGCUGCUGCAAGCGGCCAGCACCAUCGGGGAUUCCCGCAACUGUCCGAGUAACUGUGGCCAGAGGAUCAAGAUCCGCCGUGUCCUCAUGAACUCUCCAGAGAUAGUCACCAUCGGCUUCGUGUGGGACUCGGACCAGUCGGACCUCACAGAAGACGUCAUUCGCUCGCUGGGGCCACACCUCAACCUUUCCGGGCUCUUCUACCGGGUGACCGACGAGCACGCCAAAAAGGGAGAGUUGCUAUUGGUUGGGAUGAUCUGUUACUCCAGCCGCCACUACUGUGCCUUCGCCUUCCACACCAAAUCCGCCAAAUGGGUCUUCUUCGACGACGCCACCGUCAAAGAGAUUGGGACUCGGUGGAAAGACGUGGCCACCAAAUGCAUCAAAGGCCACUUCCAGCCUCUCCUCCUAUUCUACUCCAACCCAGACGGCAACGCCAUCUCCGUAGACGACGCCUCGCGCCCGAACAGCGACCACUCCCGCUACAAGUCCCCCGUCAACGGAGACGUCCAAGCGCCUGAGUCUACAGUUCCAGGCCCCAAGAAGCUGGACCUGACCAAGGAGAACCUGAAUGCCCUGCUGGGCUCCGGCGGCUUGAAACAGAAGAGCCAGAACCCCUCUAUCCAUAGCUCCACCUUUACCAGGGGCAGCGGCCAGACUAGUGGGGGCCGAGGACCAGUGACGCUGGGCACCAGUGAUCCUAAGAGCCGUCUGAAGGACAUCUCCAGAGAGGUGGCCCAGAAGGCAGGGGAGAUCCGGGGAAUGCACCCCUCCAGGAGAGACCAGGACAGGACGGAGAAGAGGAGACAGGAUGUCCGCCACAGAGAUCCAAUCCCAGAGAGGUACUCACGCUCCGCCUCCCCACCGGAGAACGGCUUCAAGCAGCACCUGGAUACGCGCCUGUACGCCAGCCAGGGCAAAGGGCCCACUAAGACCGAGAGGACCCCCCACUUUGGCGGCAGGUCCUCCUCCCACGAGGGGCCUCCUCGCUCCCACUCCAGGGUCCAGGUACAACCAGCCCUUCCCAGCAGUGUGGGCUUCGGUGGCGGCCGUUACAGCCGGAGACUGGAGCAGCUCUCCAACGGCUAUGACACAGACAGCAGCCGGGAGGGCAGCCGUAAUGACAACUCCAGCUCCAGCAGCAGUAGUAGCAGCAGGCCCAGUCGGCCAUGGAAGCCCAUGCGCGAGGUGCUAAACGUUGAUAGUGUGAUAAGCGGUGGUGGUGGAGGAGGGGGUCACGAGCGCCGGCAGCACAGCCCCCACCGGAGACCCUCCAGCCAGGAGGGGGCGCCACCCCCCCACGAAAGAGACAGGGACCGGGACUUCACAUGGGGCGGGCGUGAGGAGCACAAGCCCAAGAACCUGAUGACCAUCUACGAGGACGAGCAGCGUCCCGAAACGGGCGGCAGCCGCAGUUCGCUGGAGUUGGAGGGGAAGGACAGAUCAAAGGGCACCACUGUGACGGCGAACAAGCUAAAGGUGCGCAGCGACAACUGGAAGAUCCAGCGCACCGAGUCAGGAUAUGAGAGCAGCGACCGGCUUAGCAACGGCUCGACCAACCUGGACUCCCCCGUGGUGGAGAACUUUAUGUCCAAAGAGCUGAGGCCCAUACCUGAGGUACACCUGACAAGGGACCCUUUCCCUCACCGGAGAGGUGACGACUCCAAAGCCCACAUCUUGCACUCCUCCUUCUCCUAUGGUGAACACCCAGCAAAGUCUCCAGACCUGCAAGAUGCACAUCUCCUCAUAUUGAGUCCAAGAUUACAAAGAAGACGAGCCUUCCGAUAUACUCCUGGAAUUCUGGAGAGGAGGGAUGGUAUGGAUGAAGAGCAGGAGGAUAACGUCGAUGCCAGCCCCAGCCCGGUCAGCCCCUUUCCCUCAUACCUGGCCAAGACCAGCAGCUCAGAGUGGAACAGCUCCGACGACCUCGCCGGCCCCUUCUCCGAACAGGAAGAGACCAGGCCCCUGUUCCCCAGAGACCCCUCCCCCCAACCCCACUAUCACAACCUAGCCCCGCCUCUCCCUCCCAAGACCUACGUCCACCGAUCGACAGACCAGUCGGGCUUCCGCGCUCACCAGCUCCAGGAGCCCUCCCGGACAAGCCCCCAGAACGAGAGCAAAAAUUGGCCGAUCCUGUCCCUCUCCCACACCACCCUCCACAGGUGGAUUGAGACGCCCGCCGAGCACAAGCUCUCGUCUGAUGUGAGCUCCAAGUCAGGCUCAUCGGACCAGGACCGGAACGAUCUGUCGGCCAGUGAGAGUGGAGAGGAGAGGUUCCCCAGCCCAAGGCCAGGGGACGACAUGGAUGACCUAGACUCCCCGGUCGGAAGGGAGAUGGUUCUCCCCAUGGUCCUCCCCACCACCUACUUCUCUGUGGACAACUGUAUGACAGACACAUACCGGGCCAAGUACCACCCGAGGUCCACCCUAUACAUGACGGACGCUAAAGGUGGGGAACAACUCACGUCAUCUGGUGAGAGCGACCUGGGAGAAGGGUGGCUCCCCAUCACUGAGGCCCAACAUGCAGAGGCCCCCAAGAGCCAGCCUGAAUCAGGUUAUUCUACCAGUAAACAUAUUGCAAAAUGGAAUCCUGUAACACCCAAAGGACUUGAUGAACAUGGGUUUCUAUGAUAGAAACUCCACUGUUGAAGGGCCUGGUACGAAAGCCGUUAAAAGCAUCAUCUCCUCCUACAAGUUUAGAAACCUUCUUACGGUGAUGCUUAUUUGCUUGUACAGAUCUCAGAUCAGAAGUCAGACAUGAAUCUGGAAUGCCGAAGAGAUUGGUAACUCCCAAAGGCAGUAACAACUAGUCUGAAGAGUACACUUCAGUUCAGCAGUAGUCACAGGAGUCUUGCGCCAACCCUGCAGAAUAGUCUUUCUGCAGAACAAUUUUCAUACCAUUGUGAUUGUGGUCACUAGAUGGCAGCAGCAGUAAUUGUGGAUUUGCACAAUAGAAAGCCAAAACAACUACUGAAAGAGGAUCUAAACCUAGGAUGGUUAUUGGUCAACCCAGAGACCUCUUCAAACUUACUUCCAAGGUCAUCCACUGGGUUGAAUCACAGAAUGUCUCCCACAAAGCCACUUUUCCACUUUAAGAGAUUAUCAAAUAAAAUACCCGUAACAAUGACAAUAACCCGUCUCUAACCAAUUUUCAAUUUAUGCAGAUAAUCGAUGGAAUGCUUGUAUUUCUUUCUGGAAUUAUGCUAAUUUCAGUGUUUAUAAGGUUACUGUGCUACUUCUGCCUAUGUAACAAUGCAAGGUGAGGUAAAUAAGCCUUGAGCAGGUUUUUAGUUUUAGUCUCCAGUGUUGACUCAUUCAUGGAAUAAGGGUUUUUCAGUAUGUGGACACUAGGGCUGGCACAAUUACCGCAUAACUGUGUGACCAACGGUUAUGAAUGAAGACCGUCAUGAAAAUAAAGUAACCGUCAUAACUGUUUAAAAAAUAUAUAACAUUUGGAAUGAACAGUUGACUGAAGAUGGGACGGCUUGGCAUUUGUGCAAUUGAGUCCCUUUCUGCUGUAAUAUGGACCCUUAACAACGUGAUGAAACUUGGUUGCUCCUUGCUGAAACAAGCAAGGUGUUGCCUAGGCAACGCCCACCACAAUGCAGCAGCACACAUAGAAAUAUAAUGAAUAGAACAGGCUUGGAACCGCUAACCCUGGCAAUUUGACUGGUAAACUCAUGGGUACA